UCUGUAGUCUGACUAUAGUCAUGCAGGCACAUGUGUAGCAGAAUUUCUUCUAUUUUAGGCUACUAAUUUAUUUCCAGACUUUAUGAGAUGUGUUUGUCAAAUAAUGGAGUACUCUAAUAUAUAUGAUGAUACUAAAAACGGAAAAUGUUUGUAAAGGAAAAUAUAGUCUCUUUAUUAGAAAAUGGUUCAGUCCAGGUCAAGGUUGAAUGUCCUAAACCUUUGUACUCUGUGCUGUCUCUCGGAUGGAAGAGGUAUGUUUUCCAAGUUAGAGUUCAAAGAACUUAGCACUCAAUACACACAUUUGCUAUCUUACACUCAAUGCAUACAUUGUAUAUCAAUUAAGGCAAAAAGAUAUGGAAGAUAACAAAGUAGAUCAGAGCCCACACAGUUGCACAGUGUUCGAAACUAUAACUGCACACUUGUUAGCAGCUCAACUAUUCAGACGGGUCUUUGUUUUGUUUUGGAGAUAUGUAUUUAUUAAAGUGAUAAAUAUGCAUAAUGACAAUAGGCUGCUUAUUUGUGGUCUAUAAACCAUCUGAUGCUGACACUCCAGCGAUCUAUGGUUACACGAACAUGACCAAUUCUUCAUUCUAAUCUAAUUGGCAGCUAUUGAAAAUUCUUUCCUUAAUUGCUUUAUGGUAGCAUUAUCUUAAAAUACUGUUGAUAUGCUGAUUUUGUAAUUAUGGAUAUCAAGUUUUGUGGUCUAUUUAUGAUAUGAUCAGAUGCUGGGGGCCCCACCAGGCGACAAUCGACCUUUGUGCGCCCUAUUUCCCUGAUGGACGCUAGAAGCUCGAGCAUGAACACAUAAUGCACAUGUUAUAUAACAUAUAUAAUAUUAUAUAAUAUCUGUCUUUCGAAGGUGGUGGGUUUAACGCAACAUCACCUCGGGUGUCAUAGAUCACGUUUACAAUAAAACCGUAUCAAGUACCGAAGCGAAUUGGAAGCAAAGUGAAUUGUGUUGUUUUGAGGAGCUUCUGUAUUAAUCUAACUAGUUAUCAGACAUUGCAGACCGUCUACAGUAGGCUGCGUAUGUAGUAAAUGGUUGUGUUUCUUCAGGUUUACUGAAUAAAUUUGGAAACAAACUGGUCUGAACACUGGUAUCAGUAAGCAUGGCGUCAGUGCUGUCACAGCUGAUGGGUCAGUGGAUGGAUGUUCAGGGUCUCCUGAUAUUUCUGUGUGUGCUGUUGCUGGUGAAACACCUGCGAGAUGUUCUUACAAACAACAUGCCGCCAGGACCCUUCCCUCUGCCUUUGGUUGGAAACGUACUGAAUAUAGGCUUUAGUGAUCCAAUGGAGGUUUUUCCGAAGAUUGCUGAGAGGUAUGGAGAUGUGAGCACACUGUAUCUGGGAAACAAACCUUGCAUACUGCUUACUGGAUACGAGAGUUUCAAAGAGGCGUUUGUGGAGCAGGCGGACAUCUUCACAGACCGGCCGUACUUCCCUGUGAAUGACAGGAUCUGUAAAGGACAAGGUCUGAUCUUCUCCAGUGGACACAUGUGGCGUCAUCAAAGGCGUUUUGCUCUGGCAACGCUGAAGUAUUUUGGUGUGGGCAAGAAAACUCUAGAAAACUCCAUCCUGCAGGAGUGUCUCAUUGUUUGUAGUGCUUUGCAAACCAAGCAAGGUUUGCCAUUCAACCCUCAUCACCUCUUGAGCUGCGCAGUGGGCAACAUAAUAUGCAGCCUGGUUUUUGGCUACAAGUUUGAGUAUGACGACCAUCAUUUUCAUGAGCUGCUGCAGUAUUCAGAUGAAACCUUUAAGCUACCUAUCAAUGUCUGGGGCCGGUUGUAUAACACGUUUCCCGCUCUGAUGUCCCUGCUGCCAGGAAAGCACCAGACUGCAUUUGCCAACCUUUCCAAGCUUAAGCUCUUUUUUAAGGAGGAAAUCAGGAAGCACAAAGAGGACCGAAACCCAUCUAGUCCUAGAGACUACAUUGACUGUUAUCUCGAGGAAAUUGAGAAGUGUAAGGACAAUGAGGCGGAAUUCACUGAGGAAAACCUCAUACACUGUGUGUUGGAUCUCUUUGGAGCAGGAACCGAAAGCACUGCAAAAUCACUCAGCUGGGCUUUACUCUACAUGGCCAAGUUUCCAGAAGUGCAAGAGAAAGUCCAUUCUGAGAUUGAUCAGGUGAUUGGACAGACACGUCAGCCCUUGAUGGAAGACCGGGCACAUCUGCCAUACACCUACGCAGUGAUGCAUGAGAUUCUGAGGUUCGCAAAUGUUCUUGCCUUCAUUCCACCGAGAGUUGCCAGCAAAGACACCACAGUAGCAGGAUGUCUCAUACCAAAGGGUGUGAUGGUGCUGCCAAUGCUGAAGCCAAUUCUGGAGGACAAGAAUGAAUAUCACAAUCCAUAUGAGUUCAAUCCUGCUCACUUUCUGGAUGAAGAUGGCAAAUUUCUGAAGAAAGAAAAUUUCAUUCCCUUUUCAAUAGUUAUUAAAGAUGACUGUAAGGACGUGCCACCAUGUGGAAGCAAGGUGAUUGGCCACUUUCCGGUUGUCAAACAGGAUUCAGGAGAUUCAGAAGAGGUGUUCUGUAAACCAGUAAGUGAGUGCAGCACUCUGAUGUCAUGCCAUGAUCAAGACAUCAAGAAUGUUAGCAGUGUUUGCAAAGGCAGGCAGUCAUGUGGAAACAAGAUGAUCGUGUGCUUUCCUGCUCUCAAACUGGAUUCAGAAGGGCCUUGCUGCAAGCCAGUUCAUGCCCUUGCAAUUUAAAGCAUGCUGUGAUUACUGUAUAUUGUGAUGACUGCUGUUCUUAGAUUACAGAAGUUAUAGAUCAAGCAGGAAGUUAUGUCUGUUUAUUUACUGUAACAGCUUAAACUACAAAGGAACUACAAAUGGUAAUACAAACAACUUUCAUCAAUAAACAUAUUCAGAAAAU